GCGGUCAAUAGGUCAAGGAUUAAAUAUUUAAAGUAGCUCGGACUUUAAGAUAAAACGAAUAGGAACGCUCGUUUAUAUUAACGCUAAACAAGUACUGACUGUUUAUACAUGUACAUAGAUUAACGAAGAAGAGUACUGAAAAAAUCAAUUCAGUAACGUGUGUGUGUUUACAUAUAGCGUUCUCAAAAUAAGCAAAGUGUGACAAUAUGAUACGGAGUUCAUUCAGAGACCGGGUGUUUUAAAUGUUAUUCAUUGGAGACUUCAAGUUGGAUUUUAUCUCUUUCAUGUUUAUGUAAACUUAUUUUAUAUUUAAAUGUUUAGGAGAUCUACGAACAGUAACGAUUUUAUAUCACGUGAAAUGAUAGUGAUCUUUUGUGGUAAAUAAAAAGUGGUGUUGUAUCAUUCAUUACAGUUGGUAAAAUGUAUACAUGUUCUAUUCAUGUAUUUAUUCUGUCGUAUUAGAUAAUCAAGUAUGGUGCACUUCCACGACCUCCACGUGCCAUGGCGCGCGCUGCAGAUUACAAUCAACGUGUGUACAAUAGUGACAGGAUUCUGUACAUUUCUGCCUCAGGGAUAUGUUUCUAGUUAUUUUUCUUGGAAUUGUGUUCUUUUUGCUGAUAUUCAAUUAACAGACAAAGUGAAUGCUACAGCAAUUCUCGUGGACACAGAGAUUACGAUAUGGGGUUCUAAAUCAACCUGUUAUUUCACGACAUACUCCCCACUGAUGACCGGGGUUCAUGCCUUCAUCUGGUGCUGGUACUUUCUGCUUAUGAAAGGCCAAUUAAAAAAAGAACACCAAGAGUUCCCGUUAUUGAUAACAUCAUUUGUGUUACACUGCCUGGUGUGCGUGCUCAUGUUUGUAGCCAGUAGCAUAAUUAGCGCGGGAAUAGAUUCUUGGUGCCAUAACCUCGUGAAGGAGUUAAAGGGCAAAGGUCAAAGCAUGGAUUGUCUACAGACGCAGAAAAUGGAUUGGCCUAACAUAUAUACAGAUGGGAAGAAACAUUUUAUAUACUCGUUUUUACUAACAGCAAAGAUUUCAAGUUGGUUACAGACAUUGACUUUACUGUGUCAAAGUGUAUUAUGUGGCUAUAAACUGUAUCAGUGGGUGCUGAAAACUACCCACGGGGCGUUUGAUCUCAGGCACUGCGGACAAACUUCUUGUGAUAAUUUAAACCACAAUAAUGAUGACUAUAAUUGUGAGAAUGGGAGUAUAAUUGUACAUUCCAUAGAAGCACAGGGUUACAAUCGUUUAGUGGAAGAAGAAGAUGAUGAAAAUACUUGAUGCUGGUUCACAGAAGGAGUUAAUGAUAGUAUAAAAGGGGAACCAAAUCAAAAUUAAUAUUGGGAUGAAUAUGAAACUAUUAUUUGACAUUAUAACAUGCAUUGUGUGUACUAAUGUUGCUCAGUUCCUCAUGAAGU